CUAAGGGGCCCCUUUUUAGGGCCUCCGUAGCCCUUUUGGCUCCAGCUGGUCCGGCCUUGUUCGCGACCACCGUGAGCGAUCGUGCGCGCAGAGAGCCGUCACCCCGGGCACCUCCCGCCAUGGCGAAGGCCGGCUUCCUGCUGUUGGUCGCCGCCUCCCUCCUGGGUGUGGGCGCUUCGGCGCCGCACGGGCGCCUCGCUUGGGGGGGGAAGGCCCACCGGCGGCUGUCGGGCGACGACGAGCCCCCCAUCACGGACGAAUGCCUGGGCGUGUGCCCAGGACUCUCAGAUAUGGUGGCUGCGUAUAACGCGUUUGCAGUGCCUGAGAAUGAAUACCAGGCGCAGGAGCUGAUCAUGGACCUCUACUGUGACCACGAGAGUGCAGUUCAGUGCUUCGUAGACGAGCUGUCCACGUGCAGCAACUCCUCGGAAGCAGAGGGCUUUAUCAUGAUGGCCUCCAAGCUGAAGUGCAUCUGUGACACGUGCCCUGGCGGCAAGACUGCGUGGGCCAAACUUAUGGACAGCAUGGAGUCCAGUGACGAGGACAGCGGAUCUGGGAUGGUGGGCACAACCACUUUGGCAGAUGGCACUGGCACAACUGGGGCCGACGAGGGCAAUUUCGACAAAGAUUCCAUGUGCCCCUUUUACACUUUCGUCCUCUGCGCCGACGAGUAUGCGACGGACUGCGGCGCCAUUCUCGAGGAGAUGAACGUCAGCAUCUCGGGGGACGCGGUCGCCAUGCUCGAAGCGGAGUGCACGGGCGAGUACGCCCCUGGAGCGGACGACGACGAGGACGACGACGACGACGACGACGAUAUGGGGGACGUCGUCGGAAGCUGUGGCCCGUUCGGCCUGGGAUGGAUCGCCGCGUCGCUGGCCCCAGUGAUGGCGGCGCUCGAGUGCGUGGCGGCCUGAGCCUGAUGCUGCCUCCCCCGGCCCCCUCGCGUCGUGAAACUAGCACGGACGGAGUGUUCUUCUCUAGUUGCUGGUUUCGUGCCGCGCUCGGCCCGACCCGGGGCGGCGUGGGAGCAGGAAGACCUCCUCCUGCGCCGCCGACCGUGGUCCAGGCGCUGCUCCUGUCCAAGCAUGCGGCCGCUCGCCCUGAGGAGGGGUUCGGUCGGGCAGGCGCCACUCUUGCUGCGUUUCGGGUCGGUUGCGAGGGCGCUGGCCUGGCACGGGGCACCGCGGGACAAAAAAAGGGGCCCCGUGAGGGCCCUUGUCUUUACUCCCCCCAGGUGGGUCACCCCCCAUUCCCGCCCGCCCGGCCAGGAAGCAGGCUUCGCCCACCAGCUCCUGGCGGAAGGCCCACCUGCCAAGCCCCGCACGUCCCAGAGUUCGGCGACCUGGGCAAGCAGCUCGUCGUAGGCGAGGUCGGGUUCGUCGGGGCCCGGCGCCAGCGCCUGCCCGAGUUCAUCGCUCAUCGUCGAAGCUCCCGCGCCACGGGACCCAGACCUCCUCCGGGCGCCCCAGCGCGCACGUCAUCUCCCUCGUCGAGGGGUGUGUCAUGCCUCCGCCUGCAGCCCUCCUUGGCCCCGCAAGCGGCGCGAGAUCUCGCCGACGUGGUGCUCGGCGGACAACUCUCAGGAGGGAA